GCUGGGAAAUUCUGGGAGUUGAAGUCCACACGUCUUAAAAUUGACCCAGUUGAGAAACAGUGCCUUGAAGGAUCUGAUCCCCGGCGAGAUUUCCUACAGUCUGGAAUUCAGCCAUGCCUGGUGAGGAGGUUACUUUGAAGUAGAGGGAGGCAGAAGGACUUUCCACACAGGCUGUGGCUAUAGCAACAAUGGAACACAGACAAUACGUUUUUUUCCUCUUUCCAAUCACUUUUUCCAGAACACGACUCUGCCGCACAUGCCUUGGCACGCGGCCCCUCUCGCUCUGCUUAUGCUUAGAAAAUCUGGAACGCCUGCAACAGAUUCGGCGGUGGCUGGCUCUAGCAAGGCGGAGCGCGUUCCUUCUCGGAGAGGGGCGCUCAGAUCUGCUAAAAAGCCAACUGCUAACAGCCUCUAGGUUGGCCACACUCUCAGGUGUGGAACAGAUGUGUUUUCCAGGUGGGGAAUUGACAAGGGUCCUAGAUGGGGAAUCGACAUGUAUUCCAGGCGUGGCGUUGACAUGCCUGGCAGGUGUGGAAUCAGCAUGCAUGCCAGGUGAGGAGUUGACGUGGAUUCCAGGUGUGGAAUUGACGUUCAUUCCAGGUGUGGAAUUGACAUGGAUUCUCAAUGGAGAGGAAGGGAUGCACUUUGCACUGGCUCAGAGGCACUCCUGAGAGCUAGAGAGGUCACCGCAGCUGCUUAAAAGUGGCUGUUCGUCCUGCUAUGCUGGUGCCCCUUUUGGGGGGCAUUGUGAGGUUUUAUUUUGAAUUUCCAGCUGUGGAAGUCUGGGCCCCUGUCUUAGGUCCCCAAGCCUUUGGGGCUCAAACUGCCUCCCCCGUGCAUCAACCCACCGUGCGAGGCUCCUUGGCACUUGAGCAGCCAGCAUGACGGUGAGGAGGAAGCACAGAUGCUCCUCACCACAACUUGCCAGCAGCUUCAAAGAGACUCGCUCUUCCCAUUUCCUUCCUUUCCCGCCCCCCCCCAAUAUUGCUAUUUCUCCCUGUCCUUAGCAAAAGCUGCCAGCAUCCUCCCCCCCCCCACUGCCAUUGCCAUGGCUACCUGCUUCUCCAUCACCAUGGCUACCUGCUCACACUAUUAUUAUCACCACCAUUUAUAAACCACUGUUGCUACCCAUCCUAGUCACUGUCACUGCUGCCAGCCCCUUCCUCCUGGCGGCCGAAGCAUCGCGCAUGGCUGUUCCCUGGAAGCUGAGCCAGCCUCUCCUCCAGUUUUCUCGCGUGAUGCCCUUCCUGAGUUGAUGUGGGAAAUGGAACAGCAGCUGGGCUUAUUACGACUAUACGGCAAUGAGAAGACGUGCGGGGAGGCAGUUGAGACAGACAGCUGGCCUAGUUCAGGUUUCUACGAGGGUCAACAAUCGGCAGUGGCCUCCGAUUCACCAGCUUCUGGAUUUGAAGAUUCUUCCUCCAGCAUCCCAUCAGCAUCUGGGUCCUAUUCCCGAAUCAGCCAUCUGGAAUCCCGCCUUGGAUAUUCCAACGAGCGCCCCAACUCUGUAGGGGACGUAGCCAACAACAGCAAGGAGAGAGCCCAAAGGAGCACCAUGCCACGCUCUUUCUCAGCCCCCUACGCCUCGUCCCAAGAUCCGUCUGCUGAGCCGCUGCCCACCUGCUUCCCCCCAGACCCUUUCUUGUACCCCAGCCCCCUGCAUGCAGUGGCCCUGCAGAGCCCCUUCUUCCAGAGCCCCCUGUACGAGGACCCCACCUUCUCCUCAGCCGCCUCCCGGGCCUUGUCCUACCCGGAGGACUCCGAUGGCAACAUUGAGGCCUACGGGAACGACUUCCAGCUCUACACGGAGGCUGCCUCGCAGGGCCAGCGGGUGGAGGGCUACAUCUCCCGUCUCCUCCGCCGCCGCAGCCAGCUGGUCAGAGGCAGCAAGCCCCGGACGAGCCUCAGCUCGGAGCCGUCGGCCAAAGGCGGCGUGGUCCGGCAGAGCAGCCUCUGCAAGCGACCCACCGAGCUGCUAUCCCUGCAGGCCGAGCGCAGGCACCCUCCGGCCAUGGAGAGGGGCAGCAGCACCCCCUCGCCCUGCGGCCACGAGGGGGGCGCUGCUGUCACCACCACCCGUGUCUGGUCUUCAUGGGACGCUGCAGCCGAGAGGACUUUGGCCGCCAAGACGGUGGCGGAGGACUUUCACCCACCUCCGUCCAGUCUCCGGAAACCCCCCAAGCUGCAGGCGUUGGCCCAGGGGAGGUCUCCCUCCCUAGACCCCUACGACACUCUCUAUCCCUCAUCCCCUCUGUUGGACAGGGAGGAACGGUCCUCACGGGGAAGCGUCCAGGAGCCAGUCUCCUACGAGUCUGAGGAAGGAGGUUGCCUGAUGGUCAAAGCCCAGUACAUCCCUGCCCAGCAGCCCCCUUGGGCCCAGCAGGCUCACCGGGCGGGCAGGAAGAAGCCCCCACCCCUGAGCAAAGGCCGCUCGGUGGAGCUGUCGCCCGAGCAGGUCCCUCUGCUGGUGAGGGAACGUCCGCGGGUUGUGGCCCCUGCCAAGAAGUGCCGCUUUACAGAAGAGGGGAGUGACGGGGCUGCGAGAAAGGGGGGCGGGAGGAAAAGUUCCCCCAAAUCCAAGAAAGCGGCUAGAUCUCAAUCGGAGAACAGCCUUCUGAACAGGUCCCGGCUGAAAUACGGGACUGUGGACCGGGAGGAAUCAGCACAGAAACCGUCCCGGCAACGUCGGUUGCACAGGAACACGGGCAGUGGCUACCGCAAGUGGAGUUCAACAGCUGAGCUCUCUCAAGAGGAGCUGUCUCCCGGGAGCACCGUGGAGCCACCACGGGGCCAACAGGGGCCAGGCCCUGCAGGGUACACCUACCCAGGCAGUGACUCCGAGUAUUCUGGCGAGCCAGCCAGGAGGGCCCCCGUGUGCCGCCUGGAGGAGAGCCUCGUUGGUGGAGACAGCGACUCCAGCCUGAGCGACAGGGACUCACCCCCACCGUACAGCAGCGGCGCAUCCAGUGAUACGGACGAGAGUGGGGGUCUCGUGUGGCCGCAGCAGCUCUCCCCGCAGCUGGUGUCGGCAUCCGGCCCGGGAAAGGCUGCCAGCGGGCAGCCCAAAGUGUUCGUCAAGAUCAAGGCUUCUCACGCACUCAAGAAGAAAAUUAUGCGCGUCCGGUCCGGCUCGCUCAAAGUCAUGACGACGGUGUAAAGAAGCACUGUUGGUUCCUGCAACGUCCUGUUGGCUCCCCGACUUUUGUGGGGGGGGGGCGGCAGAAAGUUCCCCUUGAAUGUGUCUCCUCUUCCCUUUCAGCAGCCAGAAGCCAGCAAGGUGCCGGUCCAGGCGCUGCUCAGCUUUAAGUCUGGGUUGGAAAGAAAAACACUGGAAAAAACGAGGCAGCCUUGGAUGGAAGGGAGAUUUGGGACGCUUUUCUCUUUCCCGGAAACUGUUGAGACUGCGGCUUCCUGGCUCCCCUUCUUGCUAAUUCCAUCCAUUCUGAACGGAGAAGUAUUUAUAAUGGCUUUCUUUUCUUUCUUUCCUUCCUUCCCCUUUCUUUUUUCUUUCUUUCCCUUCUUCCUUUCUUUCAGUUCUUUCUUUUCCUUCUCUUCUUUCUCUCUCUGCUUUUUUUCUUUC